UCGGCCGAUGUUCCUGCUUCGUGAAAUUGAUAUUCAAGAAACUUUUUUUCCUGCUCGGCAUUGAGAGGAUGAAUAAGCUGGCCGGUCACAGAAAGCCGCGUCUCUCGUCACGUUGAUGUAAAAUUCCUCGAGUUCGACAUUGCGUGGAAACCUUCCGGGUUCCCAUGGAAGCGUCAUAAUCUUUUAUACGGUUACGGCAACAUUUUUCGUUACUGCGCUAGUUUUUGCAAAAACUGCAAAGCAUAGGUGCAAGUUCAAAGUCGGUCAUGGCAGUGGCUACAGUGCGCGAGUGCUAAGCCUGUCAGAACAGUUGUUUACUGAUGUCGGUGGCUGGGAACUACGCUAGAACGGUCGCCUAGAGAUUUCUCCGUGGAUGCGUGCGCUCGUCUGAGUUCUUGCCGUGUCCUGAACGCACAAUGAGCUUGAAGCCUGGCAAGAAGGAUACCAAAAUGCGUAUCCGAGCAUUUCCUAUGUCUAUGGACGAGAGGUAUGUCCAGAACAUCUGGGGUCUCCUGCGUAAUGCCAUCCAGGAGAUACAGAAGAAGAACAACAGUGGAUUGAGCUUUGAGGAGCUGUAUCGCAAUGCAUACACCAUGGUGUUGCACAAACACGGAGAGCGUCUCUACACAGGGCUGAGGGAGGUGGUUACAGAGCAUCUAGUGAACAAGGUUCGGGCAGAUGUCUUAGCCUCCCUGCACAACAACUUCCUACAAACACUAAAUCAAGCCUGGAAUGAUCACCAAACAAGUAUGGUCAUGAUCAGGGACAUUCUCAUGUACAUGGAUCGAGUGUAUGUCCAGCAGAACAAUGUGGAUAACGUGUACAACCUAGGCCUGAUCAUCUUCCGGGACCAGGUAGUGCGGUAUGGCAACAUCCGGGACCACCUCCGUGACACGCUCCUGGGCAUGGUCCAGCAAGAGCGCAAAGGAGAAGUGGUCGAUAGGCUAGCCAUCAAGAACGCCUGCCAAAUGCUGGUACACUUAGGGAUUGAUUCAAGGUCAGUCUAUGAGGAAGACUUCGAGCGGCCCUUCCUAGCACAAUCUGCAGAAUUCUAUAUGGCGGAGAGCCAAAAAUUUCUGACGGAGAACAGUGCCUGUGUGUACAUCAAGAAAGUGGAGCAGCGCAUCAACGAAGAGGCGGAACGAGCAAAGCAUUACCUGGACGAGUUCACCGAAGAGCUUAUUGUGCAGGUGGUUGAAAAGGAACUCAUUACCAACCACAUGAAGACAAUUGUUGAGAUGGAGAACUCUGGUGUUGUGCAUAUGCUCAAGAAUCAGAAAACGGAGGACUUGGCACGAAUGUUCCGCCUCUUCAACCGGGUCCAGGACGGCCUCAAGACAGUGGUAGACUGUGUGAGCCAGUAUCUGCGCGAGCAGGGCAAGUCAUUGGUGACCGAAGAGGAUGGUGGCAAGGGGGACGCCCUGAGUUUCGUGCAGAACCUUCUGGACCUGAAGGAUCGCUUCGACCACUUUCUGCACCACUCCUUCAACGGCGAGCGCCAGUUCAAGCAGAUGAUUGCCAGUGACUUUGAGUACUUCCUCAACCUGAACCGCAAGUCGCCCGAGUACCUGUCCCUGUUUGUGGAUGAUAAGCUCAAGAAGGGGCUGAAGGGCAUGACUGAGCAGGAGAUUGAGCAGGUGCUCGACAAAACCAUGGUGCUGUUUCGCUACCUACAGGAGAAGGACUUGUUUGAGCGAUACUACAAGCAGCACCUGGCCAAGCGGUUACUGCUCAACAAGAGCGUCUCCGAUGACUCUGAGAAGAACAUGAUCUCCAAGCUCAAGACUGAAUGUGGUUGCCAGUUUACCUCUAAAUUGGAAGGCAUGUUCAAGGACAUGUCAGUCUCAAACACAAUGAUGGAUGAAUUCAAAGCUGCUGUGGCCUCUUCCAAUAUGAACUUGUACGGAGUGGACCUGAAUGUGCGUGUGCUCACUACGGGGUUCUGGCCCACGCCUGCCUCCACACCUAAAAGCAACAUUCCUACAGCUCCUCGCAACGCGUUCGAGGCUUUUCGCAGGUUCUACCUGGCCAAGCACAGUGGUCGACAGCUGACUCUGCAGCCACAGCUAGGCUGGGCGGAUCUAAAUGCAGUGUUCUAUGGGCCGCGCAAGGAGGAGAAUGAAGCAUCGUCAUCUUCGGUGGGGAACUUGCCUGCGGGCGCACCACGCAAGCAUGUCAUCCAAGUGUCUACGUAUCAGAUGUGUGUUCUGAUGCUCUUCAACAGCCGUGACCGGCUGCUCUAUGAGGAAAUUGCUUCUGAGACAGACAUCCCCGAAAAGGAUCUGGUGCGUGCACUUCAGUCGUUGGCGAUGGGAAAGCCUUCACAGCGCAUUCUCAUCAAAAGCCCCAAGACCAAGGAAAUUGAGCCAAGUCACACAUUCACUGUCAAUGACUCAUUCACCUCCAAAUUGUACCGUGUCAAGAUUCAAGCAGUUGCAGCAAAGGGUGAGAGUGAGCCUGAGAGGAAUGAGACAAGAAGCAAGGUGGAUGAAGACCGAAAGCAUGAGAUUGAGGCUGCCAUUGUGAGGAUAAUGAAAGCACGGAAGAAGCUUUCACAUAAUGUCCUUGUCACCGAGGUGACCAGCCAGCUGCGGUCCAGGUUUUAUCCCAGUCCUGUAGUCAUCAAGAAGAGAAUCGAAGGCCUUAUAGAGAGGGAGUACCUAGCCAGGACUGCGGAGGACAGGAAGGUGUACACCUACGUGGCGUGAAGUUGGCGGUGUCGGAGAUUGCAGAAAGUUGGCACUGGUGCAUGUGGCUGCUGAUGGGCGCUUAUUUAUUGGAGCCUGGGAAACAGACCGAGUCGCAGCAAAACUGCUGGCAUUAAGUGCAGCCUGGAAGAAAGACCGGUUUCGGCAGCCCUCAUUCUCUCAUCUUUGGUCACUGCUGCCUAGAAGAAAAACAAAAAACAGAAAAAGAAGCCCUCCUUUUCUUUUCUUUGCAUUUCAUUCCACAUUAGGAGGAGAUGCCUUCAACAGAUCUUGGUUUUCAAUACUUUAGUUUUAUGAAGGUAUUCAGGCGCAUUUGCUUCAAGUUUUCUCUGGGCGUGCGCUAGGGUGUUUCUAUUUUUUUUUUUUUAAUUGAAUAGGCUUCUUGAAAGCGAAUCGCACAUGCUUUUUGUUCAGGAUUGAAUGUGUCUCGCAAGUCUCCUGCCAUGAUGUGAAUGCUCCAUUUGAUGUCCAGAUCAAUUUCUGCUCACUUAUACAAUGGGUCGUAAUGUAAGGCUAUCAUGUGGGACAGUAAUUUGUACAGGUCUUGGAUAACUGGAUUAGUAAUUUUGUUUGUCUGCGUGCGAGUCUGCGUGCAUGGAUAAUUGUGCCCCUUUCUAUUUGUGCUGUGUUCCAAUAGCAAGCAAGGUGCCUCACCUUUAUAUUAGCUAAUAACAGCUAUUUAUUCAGUUUUCGUGUGGCAGUUAUUACAUGCUGUUUCAAUAAAAAGUGGGAUGCAAGUUUUUUUUUUUUUUUUCCAUGGUGAGAUGAUCGUAAGCUGCAACAUUCAUGUGUAAAGUUCUAUGAUGCAAAUGUCCACAUUGCCUAGUAGAAAGUUAUAGAUACAGUUGUUAGUAAAGAGAAUAAAUGGGUUUGGGUGAAAGCCUAGGCACCAAAGAAGCAUCGCCAUAUGAGCUUUGCAUUGCCAGCGCCGAGAAAGUGUGUGCAUGUGAUUGACUAAGGGUCAAUGCCUUCUUAUUUGGACAGUUGGUCAUCACAACAGUGUACAUUUACUUUUUUUUCCCGUUCCGAUGUGCUGUACACUAUUGUGUGUACAGGAGAAAUCUGGCUUGCAUCACUGGGUCUCUCCAAGUUUGCUGGCACGCUUUUCAAAGUGUGUGCUGCUAUGAGCGGUGUGUUGCCCCACGAGUCUUAUUGGCUCAAGCCUCCCAGGAAGGGUAAUGGGGUGCAGUUUUUUAAUGCCUUCAUUUAUUGUUGUACAUAGCAUUAAGUGAUGUACAUAAAUUGUCUCAGUAAAGAAUUUUUCUUCCUUU